CAAUGGGGCGGGACGGCAUUAGGCAGGGAUGUCGGAGAUGCAGCUGCUGCUGCACGUUCCAGCCCCUCUGUCUCGAUCAGGCCAGGCACUCUCUGCGGCUGCUUCUAGGGUCUCAUGACCAUCGUGGCCCCAAAUCCCGCCUCAUGCAUCCACACCACUAAUUGAUUGCUGCAUAUCGGUGACGAAUAGAGACGACGGCGCGGAAUCAUGGCGCUCUGUGGGGAGCCCGGGUCCAUGAGGCUCAAACUGUUUGCGCUUGACAUUCACGACCUCCUAAUGCCCAGAUCGCCUCAGAGCGUAUGUGGACGUUGCAGCAUGGCCAUCGACUGAGCUCAUCGACAUCUCGGCAGCAAUAGGCGUGGCAGCGAGCAAAGAUGAAAUCCCUCCUCUCCUUUGCCCUCCCGGGCUCCCACGUCGGCGGCAGCUCGUCCUCGAGCGGCAGCCAUGUCACCGACGCGCCGCCCAUCCCUCGAACCUUCAUCGGCCCGGCCGCCGAGCAUCUCGAGUCGCAGAUGCGGCAGCUAUACUGGGCCGGCGUGCAAAAGGAACUGCCGCACCUCAUCCUGACCAUGCGCAAGUGGCAGCUUCACGCCAAGUUCGCUGACGCAACUCUCCGCGACGAGCGGGAGCUGCUCAUCUACGGCUUCGACACCUUCUUAGACCAGGUCAGCCACAGCUCGCGACGUUUCGGGCAGCGUCACAGGGAGCGCCGCGAGCGGCAAAGCGAGUCUGCGUCUGCGUCCAGCGAGCUGCCCACGUACGAGGAGGCCUUGAAGAACCGCGGCUGGGACAUGUUUGCGGAGAUGAAGAGCAACGCGAUAAGGGAGGAGCUGCGCGAGAGGCUCGAGAGCCGGCCCAUUGACGACCAGGUCCAGCGCCGGGCUCGCAUGCUCCUCCAGGCAGCGCAGUUCCUCGACAUCGACAAGGUCAUCGAGUAUCGCGAGCCCGAGAAGCUGCUCACGUUCUGGAAGCGACCCGCUCCGCCACAGGUGACCGUUUCGUCCGUCGAUGACACCAAAAUGCCCGUGUUCCGCCCCAUGCGGUGCACGACCUGCCACAGCGCGAUCCGGGGGUCGCUGUUCCGAAGCGUCCAUGACGAGAGCAUCGCCGUCUGUGAAAGGUGCUACCGGCGAGAUCAUUAUGGGCGCGGGGACUUCGCAAAGGAGUACAAGACGUGCUGUCUUCCCAAGGCCAUGACGCGAGACAUCACGCGGCAUGUGUGCCGCUGCAGCACCGUCCCGCACAGGGACGGCAGAGGAAAGCCGGCCGAGCUGUGGCCGCUCACGAACGAGUCCGGGGCGCCGCAUGCAAAAGGCGGCUCCGGCAAGCUCAACUGCGGCCUGUUCGAGCUCUCCAACAUGGUGGCCGAGGCCAAGUACGCCGCCACGCGCAUCAAGUCGGAGCGUGACACGACGCUCGAGGAGGCCAGGAGGGAGGACCCGACAGUGAUACGACAGUAUAUUGAACCGAAGCCUCUUGAGAAGCUCAAGAACACCAAUUCCUCCUCCGUGUCCGAGUUUGGGUCCUCGUACGGCAUCACCACGAACACGCCCGAGGACAUCCCCUUUUACGUGCGAUCCAUCGCGGAGCGGUAUCCAUACGGGAACGUGCACAUGGCCCUGCGCUUCGGCCCCUUGGUCAUUGAGAAUGGAGUAGAAAACACCUAUGGGGGCGUGCUUAUCACCAGCCGCAGCCCGCCGCAGCUCCAGGUCCUUCGUGACGCGGCGGGCGAGGAAGACUACAGCUUGCUGAUUACGGGACGGUCUGAACGAAAACUAUACUACCAGCACCGCCCGCGCACCACGAAGCGGUACAAAGCGGUCCUGAAGCAAAUCGCUGGCGGCGCCUUCUCCACAUUGCUCGAUGAAGUUGCUGAGAACGACAUUAUCGAGGCCCUGAUUCAGGAAAGCCGUGACCUCGUCGACGAGGGGGUUAGCGCGAGUGAAAAGGCAGUCUUCUUGGCUGAGAGUGUUGAGCGCCUCUUGCAGAUGCUCAAGGCAUAUCUGGAGCCGAGAGUGACCGCGUACUUGUCGUCCAUUGUCUCACGUCUGCUCGACCCCGACGUGGACUUGAGAUGGCACUUCCAGACCAACAACUGUCAGGCGUUUUGCGACAACAUUAUAGACAGAGACGUGUUUGGCUCGCUGUUUGCGCCGCACGAGCCCACGGAAAAGGCAGACGACCCGGAGACGACGCCGUUGUACCUGAUGAGUUUCGUGUGUCGACCCGGGGCAUACGUGCAGCACAGGGCCAAGUCCAGGUUUGACGUUCCCAAUGGGCUCACCGAAGAGUACCUGCUCAAGUUCCGCUAUGGACGACACGACGAGUCUGAUAUCAUAGACACGCUGGCCGAGUACUGGUACGACUGGGGCAAUUUCGAGGGGCCUGUGUACCGCUACCAGGACGUCUUCCCCUGGGACUGCACCGAGGCGUACUGCCGCUUUCCCGUCAAGUGCGGCGAGUGCAACAUCGCCAAACAUGUGCUCGCCUUUCCGUUCGACUCGUGGUCCAUCAUAUCGCUCCACCUGUCCAGAGGCAGGGAGUUGUAUCCGCGCGACCCCAAAGGACCGAAUGCGACCAGCGGCGAUGCCGAGGUUGACUCGGAUAUGCGGACGGUCAACCACCUGGCUCCCGGCCACAUGUCCGACACGGCAUGGUUUCACAACCGCAUGACGGUGCUCCUCGCCCAGGACACGCUCCUGACGACAGCCGCCGCCAUGGCCCGCUGCGGCGCCUUCCGCGAGUCCACGCUCUGGCUGCACAAGCAGGACGACGAGACGCAGGACCGGCUCAAGCUGGGCGGCAUCCACCGCGCGCAGCCCUUCAGCCACCACUUCGAGCGCGGCGCGUACCACCAGUACUUUGUGGCCGAGUGGACGUCCCUCGCGCGGCCGCUGCGGCUGCGUGCCUACGAGGCGCUGCGCGACUGGCGCGCGACGAGGGCGGACGUCGGGGAUAGUGGCGGUGGCGACGACUCGGGCGGCGGGUGCGGCGGGUGCGGGUGGUUUGCCUGCGGGGCGUACGCGCACGGCUGCGCGGCGGGAUGUCAGGCGGUUGGACAGGAUUCAUGCGGUUCGGGAUGCGUGAGCAGUUGCAGUAGCUGCUCGAGUUGUGGGGGAGGCUGCGGAGGUUGUGGAGGGUGAUGAUGAUGAUGAUGCACUGGUCAUGUACAUUGAGACACGGCAUGGCUUACUUGGUGUAAGACUUGAUGAAUAUGUUUACUGCUCCGAGCAUAUGGAUUUAUUGACGAUAAUAAACGAUUAAACACAG